AUGCUUGGUACUGUACCAGAAAGUGUGAUGGUAAUUGUCCGUGAUCUGAUCAACAAAAUUAUCACAUCGAAUAGGUGUGAGUCAUACACAGAGGAUACUCUAAAGCAUUUCUAUUCUUUCGGUGAUAAUCUGUUCACUUGUUCUUCGAACUCAACAUCAUUAUCAGAGGCUGAAGGGAGAUUGUUGUCAAUACUUUCAGUUGAUAGACGAGAUAUUAGUGCAUCAAGACUCAAACGUCUUCUUAAUCUUCUGCACAACUUGCCUUCAGUCAGAAGAAAGGUGGAAAUCCUUGAAUUUUUCUACCAACUAUCUAGUCACAACUCUUGUCAAAGAAAGCUUAACAUUCCAUCCGUUUCUGAAAAUUUCUUUAAGAGUUCGAAUUUAACAAACAAUGGCUCCAGCGGUUUUGUUUCGGACAUGACAUCUCAUUAUUCUGGCCAACCAAAAUCCAAGCCCCCCACCCCAAGUGUGAGGUCUACUACAAGAUCUGUUGACUCGCCGUCACAUACAACAGCCGACAACUUGGUUAACCUGUGGGGCCCCUCAACUGGUGAUACCUACAGACCUCCCUUAUCAAGUAAUAACAUCAAUCGUCGUUUUCUUAGCCAGCAUAUCAAGAAGUCUACAAUACCCAAAGCCGCCAGCCGGACGACGAUUUCAGAAACCGAUCUCCUACGUGAGCUAGUAUUUGUACUUAAUGGUGUUGGAGGCGACCUGAUUAAAUAUGACCCCAUACAUGACUCGUUCAGAUUAGUGUCAAAUGUAGAUGUCUCCGCUGGCCAACAAGAUUCAGUCCACAGAAUCUCUGAAUGCGGUUGGUUACAUAAUCAAAUUAAACAAUUUGUAAACCUUGCUGAAAAUGAUAGGUCUGCUGGUACUGUUUUGCAGUGUUUAGCAUCUGGAUUGCAUGACCACCUUACUGAAUAUUAUCGCCUAGUCGCUGCUUUGGAAUCUCAAUUGAAUCAGGAUAAACAUAAUUUUUCUGGAGAUCAUACUAACCAAUCAGAUCAAGAUAGUGAUUACACUAGGUCUACAGAAAACAUUACCAGUUUUAUGCAUAAUGCAGGGGAUUUUCGUGGUGAUCGUACCAGUGAUAAUUUAAUAAUACGUGGUCGAGAUUCCUCAACAUCAACUAAUCAUCAACCAUUGACAUUAACCCGUCUAGUACUAUGGACUCAAGAACCUCGAUUAAGAUUAAGAUUUUUAGCUAGUUUAUGCAGUGUAUGUCAUGAUUUAAAAGGUGGUGCAUUAGCUUCUAAAGUGUAUGCCUACACUCUUCAUGGAGAUAAUGAAGUAGUAUCAAUUAUGCAACAUUUAAUGUCUAGUAUUGCUUCAAGUUUAUUGCAUUUUAUUAGUCAAUGGAUUUACGAUGGUCAGUUAGAUGAUCCAUAUCAAGAAUUCUUUAUUGAAUCUAAUGCCUCCGUGAAAAUUGAGCGUUUAUGGUAUGACAAAUAUAAUCUUCGAUGUAAUAUGAUCCCAAAAUUUAUAACAGAGAAUCAAGCAAAUAAGAUUCUUAUUACUGGCAAAUCAAUCAAUUUUCUAAUUCAUGUUUGUGGUGAGAAACAUGGCAUUAAAAAUCGUGAAUCUAUUCGUCAUACACGUCUUAAAAAAGUUGAAUCGAUGUUUGAACAAGAUUUGGAUCCAUCAUUUAAUCAAAUGGUGUGUAAUGUGUAUAAGCAAACUAGUCAACAUCUGCUAGAAACUUUAAUAGAACGUUAUCAUUUCUUGGAUCAUUUGAAAGCUACGAGAAAAUUUUUACUCCUUGGACAAGGUGAUUUUAUUCAACAUCUUAUGGAUUUAUUGGAUUCGAAUUUAAAUAAAUCAUGCUCACAAAUAGUAAUUAGUCGAUUAAGUAGUAUAUUGGAGACAGCUAUACGUGAUACUAAUGCACAAUAUGAACAACCAGAAAUUCUUCAACGUUUAGAUGUUCGCCUUUUGGAUAUAUCUUCACCUCAAGAUACUGGAUGGGAUAUAUUUUCAUUGGAUUAUCAUAUUGACGGUCCAUUGGCUACAAUAUUCACAGAUAAUUGUCGAUUUAUGUAUUUGUUUUCAUUCAAUUUUCUUUGGCGUGCUAAACGAAUGGAGUUCACUUUAAGCAACCUAUGGAAACAACAAUUAUGCACUACACGUUUAGGAUAUGGUUUACAGAUUGAUUUAGCUGUAGUACUUCAUUUAUUACAAUUAUUUGCUGCAGAAAUUCGACAUUUUGUUCAACAAUUACAAUAUUAUAUUAAUUUUGAAGUACUUGAAUGUGCUUGGGAGAAUCUUGUUAAACGAGUACAUUGUGCUGAAGAUUUGGGAGAUGUUAUUGAUUCUCAUCUAGCUUUUCUCUCCAGUGUAUUCACAAGAUGUUUACUAGAUGCUGGUUCACGUCAACUACUUGGUCAAUUGCGAGCAAUAUUCAAUUCAAUACUUGACUAUUCUCAGUUAUACCAAGAUUUUAAUACAGCUGCUAUGAUUGAGAAUAGUAUACGAGAAAAAUUUGCAUCUGAGGUACAAUGUUCCAAUCAAACUGGUCACUGGGGUACUAGUCAGUUACAAGAAGAACAAGAGUCUAUUCGCCGUAAAGAAUUUGUUGAUACCAAAUUAGCUCAUUUACAAGCUAGAAUUCGUAUUCAAGCAGCUGCCUAUCGUGCUAAUCUUACCAAAUUCAUUGAAAUGUUGGCAUGUCAUACAGAUUCUAGUCUACGCUUAUUAGCAGAGCAUAUAAAUUUCAAUGGACAUUAUUGUUCUUCGGUGUCUGGAUCAAAUGCAUCAUAUACUACUGGAUCUGAUACCUCUGGAUAUCCUGUAGCAUCAGUAUUAAAUCAACAGAAGCGACAAAUACAACAAGAAGAACAACAAGAACAAAAACGAGAACAUUAUCAAAAUCAGUACAAUGAUAUCAUCGUAUUAAAAAGUGCCUUACCAUAUUCUGGGUCUGUAACAUCAAGUUCCUCUUUGACUGUUGCUUCAAAGCAACGAGAAUCAAGUAUAUCUCAGUUGAGUGAUAUAAAUUUGAGUAGAAAGAGUUCUAGUACUUCAGAUGAAUACAGAAAUGGAGAUGCACAUCGAAAACAAUAA